AUGAAUUUGGAGUUUGAGCUACUCAAUGACAGUUUUUUUUAUCCCAGUGGGUCAAUGGUAUCCGCAAACAACUCAAACAUAACCGAUCCAUACUAUGACCAGACUAGCAAUGCCAUUCUCACCUUCAUGUACUUUAUGGUAUGUAUCAUUGGGCUGUGUGGCAACACAUUGGUCAUUUAUGUCAUCCUCCGUUAUGCCAAGAUGAAGACCAUCACCAACAUCUACAUCCUUAACCUGGCCAUUGCUGAUGAACUCUUCAUGCUGGGUCUGCCCUUCCUGGCCAUGCAAGUUGCUUUGGUCCAUUGGCCUUUUGGCAAGGCAAUCUGCCGGGUGGUUAUGACUGUUGAUGGUAUCAACCAGUUCACCAGCAUCUUCUGUUUGACUGUCAUGAGCAUUGAUCGUUACCUGGCUGUAGUCCACCCCAUUAAGUCAGCCAAGUGGAGGAGACCCCAGACAGCCAAAAUGAUUAAUGUGGCUGUAUGGGGACUCUCCCUGCUGGUCAUCUUACCAAUCAUGAUAUAUGCUGGUCUCAGGAACAACCAAGGGGGGAGAAGUAGCUGCACCAUCAACUGGCCGGGAGAAUCUGGGGCAUGGUACACAGGGUUCAUCAUCUACACCUUCAUCUUGGGGUUCCUAGUGCCCCUCACAAUCAUUUGCCUUUGCUACCUGUUUAUCAUUAUCAAAGUCAAGUCCUCUGGAAUCCGAGUAGGUUCUUCCAAGAGAAAAAAGUCAGAGAAGAAGGUCACCCGCAUGGUAUCAAUAGUUGUGGCUGUCUUUAUCUUCUGUUGGCUCCCUUUCUACAUUUUUAAUGUUUCUUCAGUCUCGGUUGCCAUCAUGCCCACUCCAGCCCUCAAGGGCAUAUUUGACCUUGUGGUGGUACUUACUUAUGCCAAUAGCUGUGCCAACCCCAUUCUAUAUGCUUUCUUGUCUGACAACUUUAAGAAGAGCUUCCAAAAUGUCCUCUGUCUGGUCAAGGCGAGUGGCACAGAUGAUGGGGAGAGGAGUGACAGCAAGCAAGACAAGUCCCGAUUGAAUGAGACCACGGAGACCCAGAGAACUCUCCUCAAUGGAGAUCUCCAGACCAGCAUCUGAACCUUCUAUAAAGAAACU